AUGGCGGAGCCUCCGGGUGUGACACACUCUCCUUUUGACAUCACGACGAUGGCAGAGCCUCCACCCAAACGCAAGCGCCCCGAUUCCGAAGCCGCAUCGGACACCAUUAUCCGGUCAGAGGUGUGGUUCGAAGAUGGAAACCUCCUUGUCCAAGUGCAGACGACGCAAUUCCGGCUCUUCCGUGGAUCACUCGCCUUCCAUUCUCCCAAACUCAAGGCCCUUAUCGAGGCGCUUCCAGAAAAUGCGGCCCUGGUCCUCGACGACAACCCUGCGGACUGGGAACACGUUUCAAAGAAGCUCUUUCACCAUGCUUACCCUGACAAGGAACUGCUUCCUUUCGUGGUUAUCGAGGCAUUUGCUCGUAUUGGCAAGAAAUACGAGAUACAAUGGCUAUUCAACAGAGCCAGAAAACUCCUGAAUGCGGCAUACCCUUCUGUCCUUGACGUCUGGCUGUCGGCACAUCUCAACCACACCGGUGCAACCGCUCAUGCACUCGAGAGCAGCAUCCUCGCUCGAGUGGUUGACCUGCCACACCUGCUGCCGGUGGCAUUCUGGUAUCUCACCUUCUCUCACCGAAUAUCUGGGCUCGUUACCGCUCGCGCAGCCGCGCUGUCUGAGGAGGAUAAAAAAUCGAUUUUGGACGGUUUCCGCAAGCGCCUCCAUGCAGAAUCUUCGACGACAUUGAAAUGGCUUCAAGCCGAAGGCAGCGACAAGUGCAAAAAACAAGGCGGGAGCGAAUGCACCGUGGCACGGCUGAAAUUGUUCGCUUCCAUUACCAAAAACUCUAGGGGACAACGUGGAUGGUCAUGGCUCACCAGUUGGGAGAAAGACCUAUGCGAACCAUGCAUCGCUGCUGGCAAGGCUCUGCAUACAGCGGGGGUGCGCGAUCUAUGGGAGUGCCUGCCUUCCUUGUUUAAUCUUCCGCCUUGGCAUGAGUUACGAAAAUAG